AAAAGAUAUUAAUUCAACAUUGGAUUUUGGUUAGAUUGGUUAUUUUUGGUUGAGGUUGAAAAAUCAAUGUUGAUUCGAUGUGUUUUUACAAAUACCAUUUCAACGUUUGAAAAAAUGUUGUUGAAUCAAUGUAAUAUAGAUGCCGGUUUUUCAACGUUGAAAUUCCCUACAUUGAAUUGACAUUGUUUCAACGUGUGGCGCUAUCCCCUCUCGGGCGAGAUCAUGAUCCAGCGUCGGAGGCGGGGUCUGGUUCUUUCCUAUGAGAGCUGCUGUGCAUGAAGACAAAAUGGCCCAAGUUUUGAGAGAGCGAAACGUCACAGAUUACCCGUCAUGCCUGUUGCACAUUGCACUUAAUCUUGAAAGCACGUUGGUCACGUGAAAGAGCGUACACCUCAGGGUGUGGAGGAAGGCAGGCAGUUCAGUUGCCGCCAAGCCGCCUGAAGAGAAGAGACAGAUAUCACAAAUCGGAUUAUACUACAAGACGAGUCAAGGGGAUCACUGCAAUACACAAGGCCAAGUAAAGUAAUUAUAGCAGUGCCACCUCUCUUUACCUAAGAUGGCUUCUUAUUGGUCUAAAAGACGUAGAGUCAUCAGAACUGUAAGGGACAUGGAGAAAGAUAUCCUUAAGGAAUACGAGGAAACUCUUUAUAAUAACAAGUCACAUUUAGACCCCUGUGUGAAUAGGGAACCACCCUUCAGAAUCUCACACGUUUCCCAACUAGAUACACCACUAGCUUCCCAUGUACACAUGGAAAAUGAUCAUACUGAUGGUAGUUUAGCUGGAGAUGAUGAAGUUGAAUCAGAUCAUGUACAAAUGGGAAAUGAUCAUACUGAUGGUAGUGUGGCUGGGAAUGUUGAAUCAGAUUCUGACUCCGACAGCCAUGACGAGCAUCAGCUUAGUCAGGAUCUGCUUAUGAGGAGCCUAAGAUAUUGGGCAACAUCCUACUCAAUCAAUCUGGUUGCUUUGUCUGCUCUGCUGUCCAUCUUAAAGCUUUUUCACCCUAUGCUCCCUAAGGAUGGAAGAACUCUGCUUAGAACACAACAUGAUGUUGCAACCACUCAAAUGCAAGGUGGCGAGUACUACCAUUUUGGAUUGGUGCAAGGGAUACUUUCACGAUUGAAAUGUUUGAGUUUACCAGUGAGCCUCAGAACUCUUACUUUACAGUUCAACAUAGAUGGUCUCCCUCUCUUUAAGAGUUCAAGACUUCAAUUCUGGCCUAUACUUGCAAUUCUGAAAUGUGAUUAUACUAAGUCCCCAUUUAUUGUCGGUAUCUUUUGUGCUUUAAGCAAGCCCAAGUGUGUUGUUGAGUAUCUGCAGCAAUUUAUUAGCGACCUUAAAAAUGUACUGGCUAAUGGCGUUGUUCAUAAUGGUAACCGAUUGAAAGUACUGGUUUCCUCAUUUGUGUGUGAUGCUCCAGCCAGAGCCUACGUUAAGAAUAUCAAGUCACAUAAUGGCUAUUCAGGGUGUGACAAGUGUGAUCAACAUGGUGUGUGGAGGAAGAAAAUGACUUAUCCUGAAACAAAUGUCAGGCUCAGGACAGACUCAAGUUAUUGUGAUAUGAUUGAUGAAGAACAUCACUUGAAACAGACACUCAGUCCUUUAACAGGGACAGUAAAGAUGGUUUCUUCAUUCCCAAUAGAUUAUAUGCACCUCUGUUGUCUUGGUGUGAUGAGAAAACUGUUGAAUAUGUGGUUAAAGGGCAAUCUAGCCACUAGGCUUCCUUCACAAACUGUUAACAGUAUAUCAAGCAAACUGCUGGGGUUACAUUCCCACACCCCUUGUGAAUUCAAUCGCAAGCCAAGGGGUUUGAAUGAGCUGGAUCGUUGGAAAGCUACAGAGCUCCGAUCCUUCAUACUGUACUGGGGCCCUGUAGUUCUGAAGGAUUGCCUUCCCAGUGAGAUUUAUGACAACUUUAUGUUGUUUUCAGUGGCCAUGUAUUUGUUUUUGUCUCCUGGAAUUUCUGGCCAAAAGGUUGAAUUAGCGCAUAGAUUGAUGAUUUCCUUUGUGGAACACUUUGGACAGUUGUAUGGCAGGGAUCAGAUUGUGUUCAGUGUACACCAGCUUAUACAUUUAGCCGAUGAAUACAAACAAUUUGGACCUUUAGAUAAUGUUUCAGGAUUCCCUUUUGAGAAUUAUCUUGGCCAAAUAAAGCAUCUUUUACGCAAGCCACACCAACCUCUACAACAGGUGGUCAAAAGGUUGUCAGAACAGCCACGUUGUGAGGUUCCAUUACCAACAGAUGAACCAGUCUUACAGAAAAUCCACACUGAUGGUCCACUCCCUCAACAUUUCGGUGUUGCUGUACAGUACACAAAGGUCUCCAGUAGUCGUUUUACCUUGUCUACAAAGCAGGGGGAUAAUUGUAUUGAGGUGGGACAUAGUAUUGCAGUAGUGCAGAAUAUAGUCCAGGAAGAAGAUGAGGUAUAUGUGAUCUACAAAAGGUUCAGACACCAAGAAUCAUAUUAUACUUAUCCCUGCGAGUCCUCAUGCAUAGGUACAUACAAGGUUAGAGAGUUGUGUGACAAUAUCGGGGUUGGUAAACUUGGAUGUAUCAAACGUAAAUGUGUUCUGUAUCCAGAGUCAGAAGGAAAUGGCCUCAUAGCUAUUCCAAUAGCUCAUAUGCAGUAGCAUACCGCUCAUACUGCUGGGCGAGUAAAUGACAUCUUAUGAUUUAUGAGCAGGUUUUUUUUUUAAUCAUUUACAUUAUUUCCUUUAUUGUAUACAGAAUGGAAAGGGAGGUGGUGCUUUGGGCCGUUGUACUUUUUCCAAAUGGCGGAGCUGCAACAGUUCUUGCCAGCUGGUUCAGUCUAAAGGAAGGUAAAUUGUUAUGGCCCCCAAAAAACAUGUAUUUGAAGGCCCUUAAAGAACACAUGACGGCCCAUAAAGGAUGGACCACAUAUGCGAAUGUCCGGCUCUUGAUUACUUGUGGUAAGUAGUCACUGCAUUACUAUUGUCUAUUUUCAAGUAUAUAGGUAUCCACACGUUUUAUGGAUGGCAGUUUGAAUGUGUGUGGUGCCAUACCACAUAUGACAUAUGUGUCACAAGUGAGACUAGUCAGUAAAAUGUCAUCCUAUUAUUUUAUGCUUUUUCU